CGACCAUGAAUGGAUCAAAACGCGAACUAAAGACAAGCUUUCGCGCGUCGCCCAACUCUAUCCGGCCGCUGUACACCGGCGGACCCGUGGCGCUCACCCGCGACGGGCAAUGGCUCGUCACGACGAUGAGCGAGGAGGUGCUGAUUACCGAGGUAUCGACUGGGCGUGGGGUAGCACGAGUGAAGGGAGAUACGACGGACAUCACGGCCCUCGCGUUGAGCUACCACACCUCACCACCGACGCUCAUCACCGCGCACGCGUCGCUCAGCGUGCGAUACUAUCCCCUACCCUCCUCGCUCCCCGACGGCAAACCGCCCACGCUGCAGUUCACCAAAGUGCUGUCUCGCGCGGCCGGCGCGCAGAUCCUGCUCAUGGCUGUGUCGCCUGACUCCACCCUACUCGCGACGGGUUCAAGCGACGGCAUCGUCAAAGUGUGGGACAUGGCGGGCGGAUACGUGACCCACCUCUUCCGGGGGCACGGCGGGCCUGUGUCUGCACUCCACUUCUCUUUCCUUUCCUCGGAGGGGCGGCAGCGCAUGGAGCUGUGGACGGGCUCGACGGACACGCGCGUGCGGGUGUACGACUUGCGGGACGCAAGCGCGCGCGUCGUCGUGGGCGGGAAGGGGGGGAAGACGAAGGCCAAGGCCGUGCUUGAGGGCCAUGUGAGCGUCGUCCGCGGCAUCGCGGUGAGCGAAGAUGGGAAGUUCGCGAUCUCCGGCGGACGUGACAAGGUUGUGCUCGUGUGGAGCGGGGACAAGGUCGUCCAGACGCUGUUGGCGAACGAGCAAGUCGAGGCCUGUGGUCUGCUACCCCUUGGUACUGCUGUGGAGGGCGAGCGGACCGACCGCCUGCUGGCUUACACUGCUGGCGAGACGGGUCGUGUGCGUAUUUGGGACGUGCUCAAGGGCUCAGAGGUAGCGGAGAUGGAGGGCGUCGCCGGCGUCGACGAGGAGGAGGCCGAGGAGGACGAGCAGCAGGGCGUGCUCCAGGUUCUGUACGAUGCACCAUCCUCGUCGCUGGUAAGCGUGCACGCGGACCAGAACAUUCUCUUCCACUCGCUGCACUCGCUCGCGUGCCAGCGCCAGAUUGUGGGCUUCAACGACGACAUCGUGGACGCCGCCUGGCUCUGCCCUUCUGGGGAAGCCACGCACGUCGCGCUGGCCACCAACUCGAACCUGGUGCGCGUGUACGACGUCGGCAGCUUGAACGCACGCCUCCUCCCCGGACACCGGGACAUGGUGCUGGCCCUCGCGCGGAGCGUGGACGGCAAGCUGCUGGUCACGGGCUCGAAGGACCGGACGGCACGUAUCUGGGCGCCGCGGGCGGACGGGUGGGCGUGCGUCGCGAUCGCGGAGGGACACGCGGAAGCGGUCGGCGCCGUGGCGGUGGCGAAUAAGGGCGGGUUCAUGUUCACGGCCUCGCAGGACCGGACGAUCAAGAUGUGGGACCUGUCGUCGCUCGACGUGGCCGCCGACGCGCCUGUGCAGCUCACGUCGCUCGCGACGCUGCAUAUCGCCGACAAAGACAUCAAUGCGCUGGACAUUGCGCCGAACGACCAGUUCCUCGUCUCGGGAUCGCAGGACAAGCUCGUCAAGGUGUUUGAGAUCAAGCACUCGGCGGCGUCCGGCAGCGUCGCGCACGUCGGCACGUGCAAAGGCCACCGGCGGGGCGUGUGGAGCGUGCGCUUCUCGCGCACCGACCGGAUCAUCGCGAGCGGCGCCGCCGACCGCACCAUCAAGCUGUGGAGCUUGACGGACUUUUCGUGUCUCAAAACCCUGGAGGGACACACGAACAGCGUCCUCCGCGUCGACUUUAUGACGGCGGGCAUGCAGCUGGUGUCGGCGGGCGGGGACGGGCUCGUCAAGGUCUGGAAUAUCCGCGACCGGGACGAGGCGUGCGUCGCCACGCUCGACGGGCACGAGGACAAGGUGUGGGCGCUCGCCGUGUCGCCGGACGAGAGCACGCUGCUGUCUGCCGGCGCGGACUCUGUCGCAACGUUUUGGGAGGACUCGUCUGCCGUCGAGCAGGAGGAGGCGAACGCCGCGCUCGUCGCGAAAGUCCAAGCCGAACAGGACUUUACGAACUACGUCGCUGUCGGCGACUACCGGCGUGCCAUCAAGCUCGCGCUCGCGAUGGGCCACCCCGGCCGCCUGUUGAACCUGUUCCGCACGGUGUUGCUUGCCGCCAAGCCGUUCGCGUACGCCGAAGAGGACGAGGACCAGGAAGAGGAGCGCGGGCGCGUGGCCGAGAUCGACGCGGUCAUUGCCAGCCUCGGCCCGCUCGACCUCGUGCGCCUCCUCAAAUGCGUGCGGGAUUGGAACGCGAAUGCCAAGACCAGCGCCGUCGCGCAGGCCGUGCUUAAUGCCGUGGUGCGGCUCAAGAGCCCGGACGAGAUCAUGGCGGCGUUCGAGAAGGUGGCGCGGAAGCCCGAGGUGGAGGAAGAGGAGGACGAGGAUGAGGAUGCGGAGGAGAAGGCGAAGAAGACGGCGAAGAAGGCUGUCGCGCCGACCAUCUCCAUGCGUGAGCUGUUGGAUGGCCUCCUGCCCUAUUCUGAACGGCAUAUGGCGCGUGUCGACCGUCUUGUGCAGGAAAGCUACAUGCUCGACUACACAAUCUCGGAGAUGGACGGGGGCAUGUUUGGAGCCGAGGUGAUGGAGGUGGAUGCAUAGAUGGGCCAGGCUAGCGCCGAGGUGAGGGAGAUGGACGCGUAGAUCUGCAUGCAUGCUGUAUACUCGG